UUGUGCACACGUCAAAAUUACGCCCUUUCAUUUCUGUAAAUGGGGCCAAGUGACUCAUAGCUCAAGACCAAUCUCCUAUAAAGAUAAGAGAUCUCAUUUGAUGCCGAAAUUCAAAAUCCUUCAUCUGUAGUAUCGAACGACCAAUCGAUUUACGCAAACUUUUCACACAAAAUGUCACCACCCCCAAUUUCAUCUGUCUCCCUCUACCCCGCCGACUUCGAGACCUCCUUCCCUGCCGUCUCCCCUAAUUCCCCUCCCUUCCCCUCUCUGACCCCCCUUUCCCACGUCACAAAUCGCAUCUCCCUCAUCCCGCUCUCUGCAGACCACAUCCCGGACCUCUGGAAACAUGUCGGCGGAGCGGAAAGAUACAUGCUUUACAAAUACAUGCCCAGCGGACCCUUUGGUACCAUUGAAGACUUCACAGCAUAUCUCGCAUGGCUCAUUAAUCACCCUGAAUCUGGCUUCGUUAAUUGGGCAAUCAUCUUACCAAGUGGAGAAGCAGUGGGAAUCAUAAGCCUGCUGAAUAUUGUACCGAGUCAGAGGAGAAUAGAGGUUGGCCAUGUGCUAUUCUCGAAGAAACUGCAGAGGACUACUGAGGCGACGGAAGCUUGUUUUGUUUUGAUGGAGUAUUGCUUCAAACUAGGGUAUGAGAGGGUGGAAUGGAAAUGCAAUGCGGAGAACAUGGGGAGUAAGAGGGCUGCGCUAAGGUUGGGAUUUGUAGAGGAGGGGCUUUUUAGGAGACAUAUGGUUGUGAGGGGACGGAGGAGAGAUAGUUGGUACGGGAGUGUGAUUUUGGAGGAAUGGGAGGUGGUCAAGGAGGCGCUAGUGGAGUGGUUGGAGGCGGAGAAUUUUGAUGAGGAGGGAGGGCAGAAAAAGAAGGUGGAGGAGAUCAGGGAGAAGUUGCUGAGAAAGUUAAACUAGAAAGUCUAUGAGAGGCGGGGCGAAUCUGGUGGGAGAAGGGAAUAUAUAGGAGGGAGAGAUUUUCUGUUCCA